AUGGAGAUUGAGAUUUUAAGUGUAUCAGGUUCAAAACCUAUUGGAAAGAUCAAUGUUAGUGAAAGUGCAACAAUUAAUGAUGUAAAAGAGAAGAUUUAUAAGAGUUUAAAAAAAUCUUUGUAUCCCGAGAGACAGUCCAUAAAACUGGAAUCUAAAGGGAGAUCAUUGAAGGAAGAAGCUACUUUAAAGUCAUUGAAAAUAGAAAAUGGUUCAAAACUCUAUCUGCAAGAUCUUGGACCUCAAGUAUCUUGGAAGAAUGUGUUCUUAGCUGAGUAUGCAGGGCCAUUAUUUGUGUACUUGUGGGCGUAUCAAAGACCAUGGCUCUUAUAUGGUGAACAAUCUUCGGCACCAGGAACUGUAGCUGGGAUUGCUGCAAUUUGUUGGUCGGUCCACUAUGCUAAAAGAUUACUCGAGACAUUGUUUGUACACCGUUUCUCUCACGGUACAAUGCCUCUGAGGAAUUUGUUCAAGAAUUGUUCAUAUUAUUGGCUGUUUGCAUUGUAUAUUGCCUACCACAUCAACCAUCCACUAUUUACAGCUCCAUGUAAUACUUGCGUCUAUAUUGGAGUUAUUGGAUUCACUAUUUGUGAGCUGGGAAACUUGAGCAUCCACAUUCUGCUAAAGAAUUUGAGACCCCCUGGAACUAAAGUUAGGAAAAUACCUGUUCCUAACGGCAACCCAUUCUCGCUUCUUUUCAACUUUGUCUCCUGUCCUAAUUACACUUAUGAGUUUGGAUCCUGGCUGUUCUUCACCGUCCUCACAAAGUGUGCUCCAGCUGGAAUAUUCGCUCUAGUCGGACUCUACCAGAUGUCUGUAUGGGCCCUUGGAAAACACCGUAACUACAAGAAGGAAUUCGCAGACUACCCCAAGGGACGCAAGGCUAUCUUACCAUUCAUUCUUUAA